UAUGUCAGCUAACAGAAGAGUGAAUAUAUGCUGGUGAGAUGCAUCCAGGGGGAGACGGAAGACAAAAUUAAAGCAGAGUGUAGAAGACAUACUGGGAGGCACAGAAGGAAAGCUUGAGAAAAAACAACAACAUACGAGCCACUCAGAGGAUGAAGAAGUGUGUUGCUGUUGUGGUGUUGCUGAGUCUUCUCUCGUUGGGACGCUCUGCUCCUCUGAGCAGCUGUGACCAUCUGGUCAAACCCAUAACUGUCAGCAAUGAAGACAUGUUGGGAAGGUGGCUGUACAUUGGUGGGAGCUCUGACCUCCCAGGAAGCCGCUCCCUGGGCCAUCUGAUGACCAGCAUCUGGCUGGACAUCACCGCAACCACCCAGAGCAACAUCCUCAAUAUCAUCCAGACUCAGAGAGUAUAUGGCAAAUGUUCCAGCUUAACUUACACUGUGACCUUUGAAAACAGCACGAUGUUAAUUGAGCAACCUUUCUACCUCAAGGAAGUCUACCUGACGACUAACUGCUCCGACUGUCUGGUUGUCCAUGAAGAACUUACCUCUGGCAAAGACACCUUCACCAGUUUUAUGCUUUUUAGCAGGAGACAGAGUGUCUCACCUGAUGUUGUGGAGGCGUUCAAGACACAAGCAGAAUGUCUAAAGAUGCCGUCGCCUAUAAUGAUAAACACAAACAACGAAAUCUGCCCGGACAACAUUUCGCCCUCAGACGGGCUCAGCGCCCUCAACUCCUUAUUAGAGGCCAAGAUGGGACAUCGAGUUGCAAAACUCCUGGAUGCUUUUUUUGAUAUGUUUGUGAACUGAUUAGUUUAAGACAAUAAUAAUAAAAUUAGAAUGGAGGAACUGCCUUGUUUUAUUGUUAUUAUUAUAAUUAGUGGUUGCAGUAGUGGCCUCACAUUAUGAACUCAAUAAAAUGUUUGUAAAAACAA